AUGGGUUUUCGGCUACCCGGAGUCAGAAGGGCCUCUUCAUUUUCAAGAAACCUUGCAUCUUCAAAAGGAGUCGACGUGCCAAAAGGCUUUCUUGCAGUCUAUGUUGGAGAGAAAAUGAAGAGAUUUGUGAUUCCCAUAGCAUACCUGAACCAACCUGCAUUUCAAGAUUUGCUGAGUCAAGCAGAGGAAGAAUUUGGUUAUGAUCAUCCAAUGGGUGGCCUCACAAUUCCUUGCACUGAAGAGUCCUUUGAGAACGUAACUUCAUGCUUGAAUGGCUGCUGACAAUUUAUUGUUUUGAUUUCAAUUAUGACUAACAUAGACUAGUGAUUAGUCAAAACAAUGUUGUAGUGUAAACAAAUUCUUGUAAUGUAAAGAUUUUUCCUACCAUUCUUGGG